AUGAGCUACUACGGAAGCUACUAUGGAGGCCUGGGCUAUGGCUAUGGCUCUCGUCUGGGUUAUGGCUAUAGUUCUGGUUAUGGCUGUGGAUGUGGUUGCUUCCGUGGCAUAGGAUAUAACUAUGGUGGCUAUGGCGAUGUAGGUCUGGACUAUGGUGGCUAUGGCUAUGGGUGUUUCCGCCCGUCUUACUAUGGAAGGUAUUAUUCUUCUGGCUUCUACUGA